AUGACACCACAGCAAUUCCCCAGUGUCUCGCGGGAAAGCACCCUCGCCAAACUCCCCACCGAAUACGCUUGUGACGCGCAAGACCAGAUUUCCAACAUCCUCGCAACAACCCCAAUCAAUCGCCUCGUUGUACUCGACGACGACCCAACAGGCACGCAAACCUGCCAUGACAUCUCUGUGCUAACAGUAUGGGACGUUCCAUCUCUAAAAGCCGAAUUCCAGACCGAUUCCCGGGGCUUCUUCAUCCUGACCAACUCACGCGCCCUCCCACCCGCUAAAGCGGAGACUCUCAUCCGCACGAUAUGCACUAACGUCGCCGAAGCCGCGAAAGCCACGGAUAACAAGGUUGAUAUCGUCCUCCGAGGCGAUAGUACACUGCGCGGUCACUUCCCUCUCGAAACAGACGUUGCGCAAUCCGUCUUUGGGCCCGCCGAUGCCCUUGUGCUGGCCCCGUUCUUCUUUCAGGGUGGUCGCUUCACCAUUGGAGAUGUCCACUACGUCGCAGAAGGCGCCAAGCUGGUCCCAGCGGGCUCGACGCAGUUUGCGCAGGAUGCGACAUUCGGAUACAAGAGCUCUUCUCUACGGGAUUACGUUCUUGAAAGAGCACCCGGUCGGUUCAGCGAAGAUCAAUUGUAUUCCGUGACGAUUGAAGAGAUCCGAAAGGGUGGGCCGAAUGCUGUUUGCGAGAAAUUGAUGGCUGCGCCGAAAGGAGGUGUCGUGAUUGUCAAUGCUGCUGCUGAGUCGGAUAUGCAUGUUUUUGUUGCUGGGUUGUUGCUUGCCGAGUCAAAGGGUAAACACUUCCUCUACCGCACUGGCGCGGCCUUUGUCUCAACCAGGCUCGGUAUCCGCUCCAAAGCACCCAUCUCUGCAGCCGAGCUUGGUCUUCCUUUGCCUCGGGACACAGGUGGGUUGAUCAUGGCGGGCUCCUAUGUGCCUAAGACGACAGCACAAUUGAAGGUCCUGACAGAUCGACUCGGAAUGGAUGGGAAGCUGCACGUAAUCGAGAUCCAAGUCGAAGAGCUCAUUGCGUCGCCAGAGACGGCGGAGCAAACUGUGCAGCGGGUGGUCAAGGAGACGGAAGAGUAUCUCAAGACUGGACAGGAUACUUUGGUGAUGACAAGUCGGAAGCUGGUCACAGGCGGUGAUGAGCUUUCCUCGCUGAAGAUUGGAUCGGCUGUUGCGGAGACAUUGGUUAGCGUUUUGCAGCGCAUCGAGGUGCGACCGCGGUACGUUAUUGCAAAGGGCGGCAUUACAUCUUCGGAUGCUGCUACAAAGGGCUUGAACAUCAAGCGGGCUACUAUUGUCGGUCAAGCUGCGUCAGGUGUGCCACUUUGGAGAUGUGACGAGCCUACAUCCCGGCAUCGGGGCGUGCCUUUCGUGGUCUUCCCUGGUAAUGUCGGUGGAGAGGAGACGCUUUGCGAAUUGGUAGAGAAUUGGCACUGA